AUGGCCAGGAGUCCAGGUCCGUGGCUUGUGCUCUGGGUCUGCUUGGUGCUGGCGGUGAACUUGGGCAAAGGGCAGGAGGGAAAACCCUUUGGUGAAAUGUGCCUGGAGGACUUUACGGCAGGGAUGCCGGAUUUUGUGCUGGAUACAGAUGCCUCCGUCCAGAAUGGAGCCACCUUCUUGUCAUCCCCCAUGGUCCAUCGGAGCAGGGACUGCAUGAGAGCCUGCUGUAAGGACCCCACUUGUAACCUGGCUCUUGUGGAGCAGGUCCCGGGCACGGAAGACGACCGGAUCCAGGGCUGCUUUCUCCUCAACUGCCUCUACGAGCAGGCUUUUGUCUGCAGGUUUGCCAGGAAGAUUGGCUUUCUCAACUUCUUGAGGAAAGAAGUGUACGAUUCCUACCAGGCAAUGCAGGAUCAUGGAUCUAGUGAUGACCAUCCUCCAAUAGCCCGCACUGGCAUGGACAUGAGGGUGCAGCCAGGGGAGCUGGUGAUACUGAGAGGCACAGAGAGCACGGAUGACCAUGGGAUAGUCAGCUAUGACUGGAAACAGGUCCUCGGCAACCCCUCUGUGGAGAUGAAGAAACACGAAGAAGAUAAGGUAGAAAUCUCCAACCUGCAGGUGGGGACUUACGUCUUCCAGCUUACUGUCACGGACACUGCACAACAGCAGGACUUCACCAACAUCACCAUCAUGGUGCUGAAUUCUGAGCAGACUGAAGAGCAUUGUUUGACGCCUAAGAAGGUGGGUUGGUGUCGGGGAUCUUUUCCACGUUGGUUUUACAACCCGAGCCUUCAGCAAUGUGAGGAGUUCACUUUUGGCGGCUGCAAGCCCAACAAGAAUAACUAUUUACGAGAAGAGGAGUGUAAACUUGCCUGCAAGAAUGUUAGAGGUUCUGUUGGUGGGCGACAACAGCCAGUGUGCAAUGGGAACUGUCAGUCCCCCUUCUUCAGAUGCAAGGAUGGCUGCUGCAUUGAUGCCUAUCUGGAGUGCGAUGAAACUCUCGACUGCGCUGAUGGAUCGGAUGAGAUGUAUUGUGAACAAUAUGCUCGUGAGUUCAAUAGACUGCAGAAAAUCAAUGUCACACAUAAGCAAGGUCACUGUGUGGACUUGCCUGAUACUGGACAGUGCACUGAGAGCAUCCCCCGCUGGUACUAUAACCCAUUCUCUGAGAAAUGUGACCCCUUCACCUAUGGGGGCUGUGGUGGCAACAACAACAACUUUGAAGACGAGGAAGAGUGCAUGAAAUCAUGUUCAGGCAUCACAAAAGCAGAUGCCAUUGGCCGGAGAUGGGAAUCAUUUGAGUCCCAAAGUGCUAUCUUAAGUUCCUUUGAGAUAGUGAUUGCCGUGCUCCUCGGGAUCUGCAUCAUGGUGGUCCUGGCAAUCAUUGGCUACUUUUUCCUGAAGAAUAGGAAGAAGAACAGCCGCCGCCGUGAGCCAACCACUGCUACCAACUCAACCCUCUCCACCACAGAGGACACUGAGCAUCUGUUUUACAGCAGUGUCACCAAACCAGUCUGACCUACAGCCUCUCUCUCUCCAGCCCAGCACUCGGGCACUCCCCAAAACUUCUGGAGUUCUGUUUUUAGACACAGGCCUGUGCCUGAAGGACUCUUUCUCUUUGAAGAAAUUUGUAGCAUCAGGCCAAGAUCUAGCCAUGAUUUGGCACUACUACUGUUUGUGAUUGUCUUGGCUAAAUGGGUGCUCUGGAAAGUGAGGAUCUGGGAGCAUUUUGAUGCUCGCUGA